AUGGCUUCCACCAAAGGGAAGACCGAAGAGGCUGGCCCCAACGACACCAUCACCCACCCACAUGAAGGAGAGAUGUCGGAGCUCGUCAAUGCUUCCGGACACGUGCAAGAGCUCGACCGCAAUUUCAGCCUGCUAGCCGCUGCAGGUGUCGGUCUAGUCGUCGGCAAUGUCUGGCCAGCUGUGGGAGGGUCGAUCCUGGUCGCCAUCUUCAACGGUGGCCCGCCGGGUGUCAUCUACGAGUUUAUCGUAGUCUCAGUGUUCUACUGGAUUGUGGCCGCUUCGAUUGCCGAGUUGGCCUCGGCCAUCCCUUCCAGCGGUGGCGUCUACCACUGGGCGUCUGUCACACCUGGGAAGGCAUGGGGUCGUGUUGUCGGGUUCUAUGCUGGAUAUUGGAACUGGCUGGCUUGGGUGUUCGGCGCAGCGUCCAUGAGCUUCAUCUUUGCCAACACCAUCGUCCAAAUGUAUGGUGUUACACACCCCGAUUUCGAGGCCAAACAGUGGCACGUCUUCGUCACAUAUAUUAUCGCGACUUGGAUUGCAUGCGCGUGUGUUUGUUUGUUCAACAAGGCGAUGCCUUACCUGAAUACCGUGGGCAUAUUCUUGAUUCUGGCCGGAUUCUUCAUCACCAUCGUUGUACUAGCCGCUAUGCCUGGGUCAGACGGGCGUCCUCCUCAUGCUUCGUCGAGUUUUGUGUGGAGUGAGUGGACAGCAGAUAUUGGAUAUCCUAAUGGAUUUGUUUUUGUUGCUGGUAUGCUCAACGGAGCGUAUGCUGUGGGAACUCCAGACGCUGUCAGCCAUAUAGCCGAGGAGAUCCCUAACCCAGGCAAAAAUGUUCCCAUUGCAAUCGCAACCCAGAUGGGAAUCGGCUUUCUCACGGGUCUGUGCUAUAUCAUCGCGUUGAUGUACGCCAUCAGCGACUAUGACGCCUUGUUCGACUCGGCAUUCCCGGUCGCCGAGAUUUACAGACAGGCCACGGGCUCAUCCGCAGGAGCCAUUGGAUUGCUCUGCUUGUUGCUCUUUUGUGUGGGCGUGUGCAUGGUGGGAGUGUAUAUUACAGCAGGUCGGGCGCUCUGGGCACUGGCUCGAGAUGGCGCAACUCCUUUUCCCCAUCACAUUGGCAAAGUUUCGACGAACCUUGGAAUGCCUCUUGUCGCAACGCUGAUCUGUGGCGGCCUUGUUACCGUACUGGGAUGCAUCUACGUGGGUAGCACCACUGCGUUCAAUGCAUUUGUGGGAAGUUUCGUCCUCAUGUGCUCAGGCUCCUACAUCGCAGCCAUUUUGCCGAAUCUUCUCACCGGUCGCAAAAACAUCACCUACGGGCCUUUCCAAAUGGGAAAGCUGGGAGUCCCAAUCAACAUCCUUGCGUGUGGAUAUAUGAUGGUCUGGUUUGUCAUCUAUUGUUUCCCGUAUGCUCUGCCAACAGACGCUCAGAGCAUGAACUAUGCAUGCUUGAUUUGGGGAGCGUUGACCAUUUUCGUCACCGUCUGGUGGUUCGCGAGUGCAAGGAAGGGUUAUGUUGGCCCAAAGAGCACGGGAGGGAUCAACGCUGAGAUUGAGCACGUGAGGCGAGUCAGUGUGGAGAAGCGAGCAUCUGUGUAA